AUGAGUAACAAAGUAAGAAAAGUAUAUUGCAAGAAUUAAAUAUUUAAAUUACAAUGAAAAAUAUUAAUAAUAUUACAAUGAAAAUUUGAAACGCUUUUUUACAAAAUAAUUAAACUGAUAGUACUUUGUAGAAUAUUAGCUUUUGAAAUAUGAAUUGAUAUCCAAUUUAUUGGAGUCAAUAAUAAUGGUUGUUCGUUGUCAGAGUUCAUAUUUUCUUAUCAUUUUCUCUUAUUUUUCUUAUUCUAAAUGUUUCAACAAUAAAAUAAAAUAUAUAUAUUCGAAUUUCGUAUGCGUAAAUCAAAGUUUAUUCGCGAUCGUUAUUUGUGACAAAAAUCUUGCAAUGAACAUAUUUCGCGUAAUUCUUUCUAUUCUUCGUGCUACAUAACGCGUAAAUAAAAGUUGAAAAAUAAAUCAAAAUGCGAUUUUAAUUGAAUCUUCUUUUAUCUUUGUAUCAAAAAUAAAUUUUCAAAUUUUAUUUUAUUCAGUCUUCAAUUGAAAUUCAAUCACUAGAAUUUCUUGCUUUCAGUUUUCAUAAUUUUGAAUGAAAAUAUAGUUUAAUUCUAAUAUCUUAACAGUAACGUGAUCUUUUCUUUGUGCGCAUAAUAUGUUUUCAUUGCAGAUAUUCUAAUUUUGUCUUCCUAUUUAAAUUGUAAUACUAAUCUAAUAUGUAAGUUUGUUUCAGAUAAACAUUAACUUACAGACAGUAUUAAUAACAGAAAAUAUACAGAGAUAUAUACACUAAAAUUUUAGAAAGGUGGAAUAUGAAUCGAAAAAAGUGAUUAAGUAGAAGAUAUUGUAACAAAAUGAUGUUUCAUCCAACUGCAAGUAAUAGUUACAGAUUUUACAAAUUUUACCAGUCUUCUUCAGUUUCUUAGAUUUGUUUCAGGUACAAAUUAUAGAACCGAUCGAAGAAGAAGACUUCGCAGUGGUUUGACAACACUAUGGAUUUUAAAAAUCUUAUUUCUGGCGCCGUCAUUACUUCAUCAACUUCGAUUGUUUUGCGUGAUGUAGUUUCCCAACUCACCAUUGUUUGAGCAUAAAGUGCACUAAAAAAUCAGUGAUUUUUUUACUAUGUCGGUAUUUCAGGUUAUGGAUUAUGAAAUCCCGUAAAAUUCUUGAUCUAUUAAUAUAUCUCGUCUCUCCCUAAUUGUUUAAGCGUGUUAAAAAAUCAGUGAUUUUUUUUUUCCUGAUCAGUAUUUCGAAUCUUGAAACAUUAAGUUCCACUUAAUGUCCAGUUUAUUCUGUCUUUAAUAAACGAUAAAAUAAAUUAUAAAAUUAUAGUUUCUAUAAAAAAUUGUUUAAUUUUCUAUUUCCAAUGCUAAUGAUAAUCUUUUCUUUUUGAUAAUUUUUUAUAUUUGUGAAAUUUCUAUUAAUAACAUUAAUUUCCGUAUAUAACAUUUUUCGUUCGAGAAAGAUAUUUGUUUUAUUUCCAAUAGAUAAUAUAGUAAAUAGAACUAACUCCCGAAAAAUUAUAUGUAUCAAUUUAAACGUGACAACUUAUUUAGUGAUUGAUUUGACGCGCGCCCAGGCUAAAGCCGAUUGCAUAUGGCGACCAGUGUGUGGCGGUUAGAGUGUUUUGAUGAUACAUUUUUAUCUAUUCACGCAUGGUGUCGAUAGAUACUUGAGUUUAGUGAACUCGGAAACGUGAUAAGACUCGUUUACAAUCAGAUAAUGUUGUAGAGGAAUCACAAUAUUUUACAACAUUCGCAGCGGCAUUUUUCAUAACCUCAACGGUCAAGAACGUACGGUACUUUUAUGUAAGUAUACAACAUACAAUUUAAUACGCGAAACAUUUUAUUCGUCAAAUGCUAGGUUUUAAGUUAUAUCGUUUACGAUUAUUUUUAUAUCAUUGAGUUUUCGGGAUUGUACGUUUCAUAAAUUGAUCGUUCUGUGUGAUACUUAUACUGCGUUUUAUUUUUAUUCUGUACUGUUGCAUUAUAAUUUCCCCUUACCACGAAAUAAAUAAAACAUGUAAUAUGUUAAAUUCGAAAUGUACGUACAAUUUUCAAUAUAAUUUUUCGUAAUUCUUUUUAUUUACCGUAAAAUCAAAGUAAAGUAAAAAGUUUCAAUAUGGAAAUAUACAUUUUGAUUUAGUUAUGGAGGUUAAAAAUAUACUAUUUUUUUGUUAAUAUUUUAGGUAAAAAUGCCGCCAACAAAAAAGACUGAUUUAGACAAAUUAGCAUGGUCAUGGGUAGAAAGCGUGGUAUUAGAUCAAAUAGAAAGGAUACACUUGGAAACUGCAUAUAGAAUAGGUUUAAAAACAUGUAAAAAUUGCAAACGUAAUUGCAUAAAUAACCCACAAUGUUUGACUGGACUAGGAGAAGAAAAGUACAUGAAGUCCCAACCUGCAGAAGUAAUGCCUUUGGAAAGUUCUCUGUCCGAGUUACGUGACCCUACCCAAUAUGUUGGUCUAAAAAAUUUAGGUGCAACUUGUUAUGUUAAUAGCUUAAUUCAAAUGUGGUUUCAUAACGAAGACAUGAGGAGGAUAAUAUACAAGUGGAAUAUCACAGAGGAUCCGGAGGAAAGGGAAGCACUGUGUCAAGCUACGAAGAAAGGAGCACCAUUUCAUCCGGUGACAGCAGUAGGACAGUUGCAAUAUAUAUUUGCAAUGAUGCAAUUUGGAAAUCGCCGUCUGCUCGAUCCAAUGAAUCUCGCGAUCGCAUUGUCUUUGGACACUAGAACUCAGCAGGAUGCACAGGAAUUCUCCAAGCUACUUCUCUGCCAUAUCGAAGGGAAACUCCAACAAAACUCAGAACUGAAGCAGAUGCUGCAGAGGCUGACCCAAGGAAAAUACAGCUAUAUCAAUUGUUGCUCUAAAUGCGGAACUGAAUAUCCAACCUCCACAACAUUCUACGAAUUGGAUCUACAACUUGCAGCCACAUUGAAAGAGGCAAUAGAGAAAUACUUAUCUGUGGAACAAUUGACUGGAGCAAAUCAGUAUCACUGCGUUACCUGCAGUGAUAAAAAGGAUGCGCGCCGAUUUAUACGCUUAGAGUCUCUUCCAGAAACAUUAAACAUACAAUUAAUGCGUUUCGUGUUUCAUAGAGAUUCUGGGCAGAAAAGGAAGUUGAAUUCUUUCAUACAAUUUCCGGAAGAUCUCGAUAUGUCAGAGUAUGUGAGGUGUCCACCACAAAUUCAUUUGUACAGUCUGGUCGCAGUUCUAAGUCAUAAAGGUCCAUCUGCGCAUUCGGGGCAUUAUAUUGCAAAUAUAUGCAAUUCGAACGGCGAGUGGUACCAGUUUAGUGAUGAUAAAGUAGAAAAAAUGCAGAAUAAAAGAAUCGAAGAUGGUGUUAAUGAGAAUCCAAAAGUAGUAAAACGCGGACGUAUACCGAAAGGAUUUUUGUCUUCUAAUACCGCGUACAUGUUAGUUUAUAAGAAAGUUACUCCAGAAAAACGAACAAAUAGUACAAAGAAAAAUAAAUUGAAAAAAUUAGACGGAGAAACCAAUAGUAAUAAUGAUGCAACAUCUACAGAGAAAAUAUUAAUUAAAGAAAAAUCGGAUUCAUUAAAUGAAGACAACCAGAAUUGUGAUAAAACAUUGGUUGUAUCGGAUAUGAAUAAUUCUGAAAAAAUGUCAAGAUUCGAACAGGAAGUAGAAACUUUGAGAGCAUCUCCAAAAGAUAUAAUCGAACAUUCUGAGAAAACUGAUUCAACCUUUGAUGAACAAAAUGAUAAACAUUACGAAUUCGACAAUAAAGAAAAUAAGCUCAAUGUGAUUUUGAAGAAACCGAUUGUAAAAAUUGUGAAGUUAGAUUACAAGCGGUUAAAUGGUGCUGCACAUAGAGCUAUGAGUUGUGGGGAACGUGAUUUUUACGAAGAGAUGGAAUUCGAAAACUGGGAAGUGAGUCUAACGAUGCGCGACUUAGUAAGGCAAGAAAAUGUGAAACACGAAUUAAGUCUAUUGGCUAUUCAACAAGAAAAGCAAAAAGAGAUUGAAGAUCAAAAUUUGAAGAGACAACUUGUCAUAGACGUGUACAAUAUUAUUUCGAACGUGGUUUCGUGGGACAAGUAUCAAUGGAUUCCAAGCGAUUGGCUAUCAAAAUGGCUCAAUGGACACUUAUCUAUCGAUGGAAUACCACCAAUAGAUAAUUCUACAUUAAUGUGUUCACAUUAUCGGCUUGAUCCUUUGAAAGUGAAUCGUGCAAAGUGUAUGCCUAUUACAGCUGCGGAUUUGCUGUAUGAUAAAUAUCGUGGAGGACCACGAUUAGAUGAAAAUUCUUUCUGCGAAGUUUGCGUAAAACGUCGGUACAAGCUGCUUCGUUUUAAGAUAUCGCUUGAACGCGAUCACAAGGAAAUUAGUGAACUUGUUCGCAAUUUCAAAGAGCCAUUUGAGACUAGUUAUAUCGUCGGUGCUGAUUCACUCAGAUCAUGGCGAAGACUCGCGAUGGAAAAGUUUACGGAUGAUAUGGAGCAGGAGAUUGAGGACGAAGAUUGUCAAGAUCCAAAUGGAUCCCAGGAAGAUAGUAAAAGCGGUACAAGUAAGGAAAGCGAAGGACUAAAGGAACCAGUAGAAGAUGAAGAGAACGAGAUUAUAAUCUAUUUCAAUGAAGAUUUACUUUGUGAACACGGUUCAUUGAAAAUACCAGAUUCGACAAGGAAAGUAGUGCCUCGUGAAGCUUGGAUGAUACUCCGGAAAUAUUUUCCAGAAUCAAAGGAAUAUCCUAUUGGUGCUGCGUCAUGUUCAAUUUGCGAGGAGAAAAUGGAGAACGCUCAAAAGGCGAAAAAGGACGACAAGAUAAAAGCUAAGCAGCAAAAAGACGAGUUAAGUGACCUGUAUCACGGUAAAAAUAGGAAUGAAAUAUUAAAGUGCGAAGAUCCAGAAAAAGCAUUUUACAUUAUUGAAAAAGGAUUCGUGGACAGUUGGCGUUCCUUCAUUCGAAAGCACUGGACGUGCCAGAAACCGCUGGACUCGAAGCCUGAUCUGGCCCGGAGAAAAAAGAGAAGCACACCUCGCGACGUACGUCCUCCUCGCACAUGGCUCUUAAGAUUCCUCGAACGUUUGAAGAAGAAAAGGGUGUUUGCUCCAGCUUUGGAAUCGAAAGGUAUCGGGGCCGGAUUUCGUCGGCGGCCUCCUCCGGCUUUCCGCUUCCAAGACUACAGUCCAGGGCGGCUGCAUACCGUGAUCGUCGAAGCAUCGUCCACGGAUUUC